CAAAAUUUUGGCUUUGCAUUUGCUUACACAAGACACAUCAUCUUCAUCGGAAUCCUUUUAUAGUCUUCCAUCAUCAUCCAUUGAUGAUAUAAAUAAAUUGGAAGAAGAAGCAAUACCAACAAUACAAAAUAAUAAUGGUAAAUGGAUUCUGAAGGUUUCCAAAAUUGAUGUGUGCAGUACUUUAUCUGAAUGGCUAAGCAAAAAUCAUACAUUAUCUACCAAUUUAGCAUGGUAUGAUAUAAUUGAUAUCACAUCAACCUCAAGUAGUAGAUUUAUCCCAUCGUUACCAAGCACAUCAAUAGAUGAAAUAAAAUCCUUUAGAUCAUCUCCUCCAUUAGAUAUUAUUACCGAUUCAAACUUGAAAAUUCAUAUUGUGGAACUUGUUAAG